CAGAUCUCCAACCGCUGCUCCUGCCAUUGGGCGCCAUGGCAAGUGCAAUUGCUGCAUCUUUGUCCAGGAUCGCAGGAGCUGAGGAGGAGGAUGGGGAAGCACGAAUGCCCUUGAGUGCGCUCUUCAAAGAAGCUCAACUACGCCCUUUGGACGAGCUUGUGGAGCAGAUCCGUCCCAUGGUCUCCAGCGACCUGGAUGUGUCCGUCCGCAUGGCCCGACGGAAAGCCGAAGAGCUCCAAGAGGAGUUUCCCAACUUGACGGAGGAUGAGCGUGCGAUGCUCACACUUUACACCAUAGAGAUGUUUCCCAAGGAAAGUUCUCUGUACUUCGUGAUGAACCAAGCCCUGAGGGCACGGGAUCGAAAAGCCGUCCAGCCAUGGCGUGAUAGCAUUUGGUUGCUACUCACUGCCAUGAGAAAGCUCCCCAGAGUGGAGGAGAGAAUUGUCCAGAGAGGAGUGACCGUCCACAGCAGCAAACUAGGAAAGCAAGCGAAGACAGGAAAACAGUUCCUUUGGGCAGGCUUCAGCAGCACUACAACACACGUGGAGUCAUUGCAGGCAUUCCUUGGCCAAGACGGUGAUCGGACGAAGUGGCUUUUACAAUUGCGGCCCCACUUCCAUGCCGUGAGUGUCCAAUCAUUUUCACUCUUUCCAGGCGAACAUGAGAUUUUGCUGCCACCCAACAUGGAGUUCCGAGUGAAGUCCGUCAUUGAUUUGGGCCAUGGACUGACUGAAGUGCAGUGCGAGCAAAUCGAAGAGCUGGACCCCCUCAUGGACUUUUCCGAGGCCCUCGAGCCAAGCCUGGUGGGACCCAUUGCUCCAGCUUUGCUGAAGGCUAAAGCACAGGCAUUGGAAGCUAGUGCGUUUGCGCCAAGUUUGGUGGCAAAAGAGAAGUCUGAGGAUUCAAGUGCAGCUGAAGCGAAAGCGAACGCAGAGGUGGAUUGGCUAAUACUUGGAUUUGGAGGCGGCGGUCAGGUGGGUGGCAAGACGUACACCAAGAAGGACAUUGUUUUGUUUCUAGGAGAUAAAGGCAAUUGUUUGUUUCGCACGUGGGGUAGCCACGGCAGCUAAGCUCGAAGAUUUGACCCAUGGAUGCCCCUUCAAUUCGAGGAGUGCCUUGAACACGGGUUGGAGAUCAACAGCAGACAUGCCAAGGCUUGGCAGUCUCUUGGAGAUGCCGGCGGCGGUAGUGUGAAAGGAGUCACCUAUGAC